UGUGUUUUUUCCUCACAGUGAUCACCGCCCGGCUAAUGAACAAACAGCUGCCACACAGAGAGAGGACUGUUGAGAACCGCGCACACGUCCUGCCAGAAGCAACGUCCUCUCUCCUCCAUCCCGGGGCAGGGUGCGUCUUCGGGCUGAACUCUGCGCGGACUCGGCGUCUUCCUCCGGAGCUUACACCGAUUCUCUGCCCCAGCACCUGGCUCUGUCCUCGCUCCGUCCUCACUACGUGUGUUUUUGUGAGCGUUUGAGGACAGUUUUGCAGAGCUGUUAACGUGACUGUGUCUCCUACACACACGCACAGAGACACGCGUACACAGCCUGGAUCGGAGACGAAGCUUUUCCCCAGUUUGUGGAUGGAUUUUCGGAUGGUUUACAAACCCCCUGGAUUAGGAGAUGGAGUGAUUCGCGGCUCGGAACAACAGUGGAAGUAACAACCAUCAGAAGUACACACAUACAUAGGAGGUAACCCACUGUGACAACGGAAGCCCAAAGAGAGCAGUGGAGGAGAAAAACAAGUUAAUUUUCUCGGGAGGUUCCAGUUGGAGGCGUCGACUGCGGCUGAGCAGCUUCUCGGUCACAGUUUUCCCACUCUGGGAUUUGCAUCUGCGAAUCUGAUGAAAGGAUGCUGCAGGGACCCACCGAGAGAGUGAGCCCCACCUGACCACCCCCACACCCCUUUCCCCGACCCUCAGAGCCCUCAGCGCCGCCAUCCCAUCAUGAACCUGCUGUGCCGUGGGCGCCUGAAACUGCUGGUGGCGUCUCUCACAGCCGUUGUGCUGCUCACCUGGCUCUACCUGCUGGCUGGCAACCUGGAGAAUGGGCGCUCUCUCCUCCUGGCUCCCUGUCUGGCUGACACACCACCAGCUCAAGUCCUAGAGCGAGCCGUCCUCGAGUCUCGGGUUCGAGAGGUGGAAGAAGAGAAUCGGCAGAUCAGGCUACAGCUCAGCCAAUCACAAGGCACUGCCGGCCAGCCACUGGACGGCAACUAUGGCAACCAGCAAUGGGGGGCCUCUGCAGACACGGGACCAGAGGACGGGGACAACACGGCAGAGGAGAAAAAUAACCACACGGAGUGUCCUCGAUCACCCACCGUCCAGAAGUGUGAGCUGAUCCAUGUAGCGUGCGUUUGUGCCGGGCACAAUGCCAGCAGAGACGUGGUCACACUGGUCAAGUCUGUCCUCUUUCACAGGAGAAACCCUCUCCACUUUCAUUUCAUCACCGACACAGUAGCCAAUCGUAUUCUGAGUUCCCUGUUUCAGUCCUGGAUGGUUCCAUCUGUGCAAGUCAGCUUCUACGAUGCAGAUGAACUCAAGUCCGAGGUGUCGUGGAUACCCAACAAGCACUACUCAGGUAUUUACGGCUUGAUGAAGCUGACGUUAACCAAAGCUCUGCCGUCAGACCUCUCAAAGGUCAUCGUCCUGGACACGGACAUCACCUUUGCCACUGACAUUGCUGAGCUCUGGGGCAUUUUUACGAAGUUCACUGAUAAACAGGUGAUUGGCCUGGUGGAGAACCAGAGUGACUGGUACCUGGGGAACCUGUGGAAGAACCACAAACCCUGGCCUGCACUGGGACGAGGCUUCAACACAGGCGUCAUUCUUCUCUAUUUGGAGCGACUGCGGCGAAUCGGUUGGGAGCAAAUGUGGCGGCUAACGGCAGAGAGGGAGCUAAUGAGCAUGCUCAGUACAUCGCUGGCUGAUCAGGACAUCUUCAAUGCCUUCAUAAAGCAGAACCCGGUCCUGGUGCACCAGCUGCCUUGCUUCUGGAACGUCCAGCUGUCUGAUCACACUCGCUCUGAGCAGUGCUACACAGAGGUGUCCGACCUCAAGGUAAUCCACUGGAAUUCUCCAAAGAAGCUCAGAGUGAAGAACAAACACGUGGAGUUCUUUAGGAACCUCUACCUGACCUUCCUGGAGUACGAUGGGAACCUGCUGAGGAGAGAGCUGUUCGGCUGUCCAAGUCAGGCCAGCCCGGAGAGCAUCCAGCUGCAGACGGCACUGGAGGAGCUGGACGAGGAUGAUCAGUGUUAUGACUUUCGUAGAGAGAGACUCACCGUUCACAGAGUGCACCUCUACUUCCUGCAGUAUGAGUACAUGCCCAACGAUGACAGCACCGAUAUCACACUGGUGGCACAGCUCUCCAUGGACAGGCUGCAGAUGCUGGAGGCCAUCUGUAAGCACUGGGAAGGCCCCAUCAGUCUGGCACUCUACAUGUCAGACGCCGAGGCUCAGCAGUUCCUUCGCUACGCCCAGGCCUCCGAGGUCCUCAAGAACCGAAAGAAUGUUGGCUACCACAUUGUCUACAAGGAAGGCCAGUUCUACCCGGUAAACCUGGUCAGGAACGUGGCCCUGAAGAACGCCAACACGCCAUACGUGUUCCUGACUGACGUGGAUUUCCUGCCAAUGUACGGCCUCUACGAUUACCUCAGAAGGUCCGUGGUGCUGCUGGACAUGGCUCACACUAAGAAGGCUCUGGUGGUUCCAGCUUUCGAGACGCUUCGGUAUCGUCUAUCCUUCCCCAAAUCCAAAGCUGAGCUGCUCUCCAUGCUGGACAUGGGGACUCUCUACACCUUCAGGUAUCAUGUGUGGCCUAAAGGUCACGCUCCUACCAACUAUGCCAAAUGGCGAACUGCCACCACACCUUAUAAGGUGGAAUGGGAGCCAGACUUUGAGCCGUACGUUGUGGUGAGACGGGACUGUCCAGAGUACGACCAGCGCUUUGUAGGCUUUGGCUGGAACAAGGUGUCGCAUAUCCUGGAGUUAGAUGCACAGGAGUACGACUUGAUGGUCCUCCCCAACGCCUUUAUGAUCCACAUGCCCCACGCUCCAAGCUUUGACAUCUCCAAGUUUCGCUCCAGCUCCGGCUACCGCAACUGUCUCAACACCCUGAAGGACGAGUUCCACCAGGACCUGUCCAGGAAGUACGGCUCGGCUGCUCUCAAGUACCUCACCGCCCAGAGGAACAUCUAAAGAACUGCUCAACUGCUGAGAGCCAGCGAGUCCGGUAGCCUCCGAGCUCCUGGCUAACAAGGCCCGAGAACUCAGACAAGUAAUGAUGCAGCACUGCACCACAGGCUGCAUUGCCGCACAACGCACACAAAUGACGGUAAAGCUUUACAGCCUUUUGAAACAUUCUGGGGCUCCUGUGCAUUACUUCUCCAUUCAACUCCACCUCAAGGUGACGAGAGGAUGAGACGGAGAGACGACCAAGUGGACACAGUGGCGGCAGAUUACCUAGAGGCUGGAUUGAUUAGGCUGAGAUGGGCUAUGGCUGGGCGUGAAUAUUAAUGGGACUAGCUUUAAGGCCAGGAAAUAACAACCAUAUUCUAACAACUUGUUAUGACAAUCAGGGCUUUUUCCAGAAGACACACAUCAAACAGUCCAUCUACAUGGAUAUCUGGACAUGACAGGACCUGUGUCGUUUUGGCGGAAGAUUUUAAAGAAACAUUUAAAUCAUUUCUGCGAGGCCAGUCGAACUGGAGAAAGAUUAAAGCCUUAUUACUUUCCAUGAUUUUCUUUUUUUUUUCUUUUUUCAAAGAAAAUCCAAACCAACGAAUAACAAGUAUUUACAAUGUUUUGAUUAUACAUAAGAAUCAGUUUAUUUUUCCUUUCUAAAUUUUCUGACCUCUGUCCUGGGCGAAUAAUUUGGAAUUUACGUGAGCUUCAGGGAUGUGCUUUGUGUGUGUGUGUGUGUAUGAUCCAGCUGCAUCAUAUGGCUCGUUUUCAACACGCUUACUGAUUGUAAUCAA